GAGAUCUUGAUCGACCUGCAGGAAGAAUCUCCAGGAGCGCGAUGGACAGCAGAAGGGAGUCCGCGGAGACCUUGAGGAACAAGUGCUCGGCCUGCUUCCGGCAGUACAACAAGAUGGAGCACCUUGUGGAGCACAUGAAGGUGUCGUACCACUCGGUCCACGAGCCCAAGUGCGGCGCCUGCAGGAAGCACUGCCGCUCCUUCGAGUCCCUCAGGGAGCACCUCAUCGGGCCGUUGCCCAAGGCGGAAUGUGCGCGUGUCUUCAGCGCCCGGGGCUGCAGCAUCUGCCUCAACAUCUUCGACAGCCCCGCCACCGCCAGAUAUCACCGUCACACCUGCCAGUACUCCCGCGCUGCUCCGAUGCCAAAGGGUGGCGCAGGUGGACGCGCGGUCGCCAUGGCCUGCAAGAUGGUCGGGGGAGGGAGCGACGGAUCGGUGGACCUCUGCGCGAGAGUGUGCCUUGUUGGAGAAGAUGAGAACAUCAUCUUCCAGACCUAUGUAAAACCCACGGCGCCCGUCACAAACUACAGGUAUGAGGUGACUGGGAUAAGGCCCGAGUACCUGCGGGACGCAAUGCCACUGAAACUUGUGCAGAGGAGGAUCCAGGACAUCCUGUGCAACGGGGAGCCGCUGUGGAAGAUACGGCCGAGGAGCUAUGGAAGGGCAAGGAUCCUCGUCGGACAUAUCGUGGACCAUGACCUUGAGCGCCUAGGUUUGGAGUACCCGGCAUUCAUGAUCAGGGACACCGCAAAGUACCCGCCCCUGAUGAAAACCACCAAGCUGAGCAACACCCUGAAGUACCUCGCACAAGCAUAUCUUGGAUAUGAUGUCCAUACUGGCAUUCAGGAUCCAUAUGAGGAUUGCGUCGCGGCGAUGCGACUAUAUAUCAGGAUGAGAUCACAAGCUCACCCGCGAGACUACGCCACCGGUUCAGGGGAGGUGCAGAAUAACUAUCCGGCCUGGAGGCAGAGGGAGCUGGAGAGGAUGAGCCCGGAAGAACUCCUGGCACUUUCAGGAUCAGACUACUACUGCUGGUGCCUGGACCCCUAGACGGAUGAGCUGAAGAGAACAAGGCCCGGCCGGCCGACCGAUGCUGGUUCGGUCAUACUCCAUCCGUAGUAAUAAGGACUACGUAUGUCUAAUUAUCUUUGGACUUAUAUAUGUAUGGUGGGAUUGAGUAUAAUAUUGGUGAUCAAGAGUUGUAUGAGUCGUAUUUAAGAGCAAUGAUAUAUAGUAAGAGGAUUUCUACUUU